UUACUGUUAUAAGCGAGUUAGUGUCGUUUAAUUAAUUUGUUGAAAAGAGAUGAUCAAUAAUUUAUGAAAAUACUAAAUUAAGUAUUUAAAUUAACUCGAAUACAUAGUGUAUUAGGUAUUCGUUCUAAAUGGUAGUGUGGGGACAUUUUAGUACUGUAUUAAAUACGUUACUAAACUGUCAAAAGUGUGAAUAACUAAUCGAGUGUAUUUAAUGAGUCAGUGAAAUAAUUAACUGAGAAGUAGUCCAUAGUAAGAACAGUAUUUCUUUGCAUUAAAUUUCAUUCAUAUUCCCUAUUUAACGCCCUACGGACAAAGAGGGGUGCUAUAGUUUAAAGUUUGCAGAAAAAUGUCAAUCAGCGACGAAAGCCCCGAGUAUAACAAAUGGUUAUCGUUCUACUUGCUGUGCUCUUUAUCGACUCUACUAUGGACUCUUUACGUUUGGCAACAAUCAAGCAGGAAAUACAGGCUGGGUAAUAAAAUCCCUGGCCCCACAGCUGUACCUUUAUUUGGUAACGUCCUUAUGGCAAUUGGCAAAACACCUGAUCAAUUUAUUAAUCUUGCCAUGAAAUAUAGCGAAAUAUACGGAAACGUUGUCCGAGGAUGGUUUGGAUCCAAACUUAUAGUCUUCCUUGCGGAACCAGAAGACGUCGAAGUGAUUCUUAAUAGCCAAGUCCACAUCGAUAAGGCGCCUGAAUACCGUUUCUUCAAACCUUGGCUUGGUGAAGGUUUACUUAUUAGUACAGGACAAAAAUGGCGUUCUCACAGAAAAAUGAUCGCACCCACGUUCCAUAUCAACAUCCUCAAAUCGUUUGUGGACGUUUUUAAUCAAAAUGCUAAGAGCGUUGUGGAUAAAAUGCGGCCUGAAGUGGGAAAAACAUUUGACGUCCAUGACUACAUGAGCGGUGUUACUGUAGACAUUUUGCUAGAAACUGCAAUGGGAAUAACAAGAAAAACACAGGACGAAUCAGGGUUCGAUUAUGCUAUGGCUGUUAUGAAAAUGUGUGAUAUAAUUCAUCAAAGGCAUUACAAAUUCUGGCUGCGCUUUGAUUCUAUUUUCAAGCUAAGCUCAGUUUUCAAAAAACAAAAGGAACUUUUAAACAUUAUUCACGGUUUGACGAACAAGGUCAUCAAAAAUAAAAAAGAAAUUUACUUGGAAAACAAAGCCAAAGGUAUUAUUCCACCAACGUUAGCAGAAUUGAUGCAAGCUCCAAAUAUCGACAAUGUAUUAGCUAACGAUAGCAAGACUUUAUCAGAUACUGUAUUCAAGGGCUAUAGAGAUGAUCUGGACUUAAAUGAUGAAAAUGAUGUUGGUCAGAAAAAACGACUUGCUUUCUUAGAUUUAAUGAUCGAAUCUGCCCAAAACGAAACAAACAAAAUAAGCGAUAGUGAAAUUAAAGAGGAAGUGGACACUAUCAUGUUCGAGGGUCACGACACGACAGCCGCUGGUUCCAGUUUCGUUCUCUGCCUUCUAGGCAUCCAUCAGCACAUACAAGACGAAGUGUAUAAAGAAUUACACGAAAUUUUCGGCGAUUCGGAUAGACAAGUAACAUUUGAUGACACUCUCCGAAUGAAAUACCUUGAGAGAGUCAUACUUGAAUCAUUAAGAAUGUACCCACCAGUACCUAUAAUCGCCAGGCAUUUAAAUCGUGAUGUUAAAAUUGUUACCAACAACUACUUACUGCCAGCCGGAUCAACUGUGGUCAUUGGGACCUAUAAACUGCAUCGUAAUCCAAAACAUUACAAAAAUCCCGAUGAGUUUAAUCCAGACAACUUCUUGCCUGAAAACACGCAGAAUAGACAUUACUAUAGCUACAUACCAUUCAGCGCUGGACCUAGGAGCUGUGUCGGUCGCAAAUACGCUCUCUUGAAACUAAAGAUACUGCUGUCAACAAUCCUGCGAAGCUAUAGAACUGUCUCGGAUAUUCCCGAAGAACAGUUCUCUCUGAAAGCCGACAUCAUCUUGAAAAGGGCAGAUGGGUUCAGAAUUAGAAUUGAACCUAGAAAGAAAACGACCACCGUUUGAUUUAUUUUUUAAUAAAUAAUGUAAAAAGCA